AUGACGCUGAACGUGCCGGUCAACAACGCAGGCAUCCCGCUGGCCAUCCCCCAGGAGCAGUUCCUGCUGUUCCGCAGCAACAUCGAGUUCGAGGCCUUCCUCACCUCCCACCGCAUCAUCUUCGUCAGCGAGAAGCCCACCGCCGACUUCUGGUCCUUCGACAUCCCCAUCGCCACCCUCUACGGCGAAAGCGUCGAGUUCCCGCUCUUCGGCAACACCUACCUGAAGGGGAGCUCCGCGCCCAACCAGAACCUGCUGCCGGGCCACUGCCACUUCAAGCUCUGGUUCAUGAAGGGCGGCUGCGACGCCUUCAUCAAGAACCUGGACCGCUGCAUCAAGGAGGUGCGCCGCUUCAACGGCAACAUGCAGAUGUUCACCAUGAACAGCGGCAUGUACAACGACAUGCGCGACGGCAAGUUCCAGCAUCAGGCCUUCGUCGAUCCCAACGACCCCUCCCAGAUAUUCAUGCAGCAGCCCAAAUGA